AUGCUUCCUCCGCAGCCAUUCUACGCGCCAGUCUACAAGGUCCGUUGCUCUCAAGUUGGUAGCAGCGGCAGGCAUUACAGCUGCAGACUCCUGCCGAAGCAUCUGCACGCUAACCACGAAAGAAGACGGGUCCUCCUCGUCUUCAACGAUUUCCCGGAGCCCGAGUGCAAGCACGACGAAAUGACGGUAACCCUCAAGAUCAACGAUGCCAAGUUCUACGGCGUGCCUCUGAAGAUGCUCGACAUUACGGGUCAUGUCUCUGCCACAGUGAACGACAUCCGCAUCAAGAGCUGCAGCGUACCUGACGGGUUGUGUGACGGGUACCUGACGGUUCACGUCGUCAACAAGACACCGGAGCACGAAUUGGUUCGGUGGUGUGGGGACGAUCAUCUGAAGGGAAUGGACAACGUGGCCUCUACACAUGACUUAGUGAAGAAGGCGGUUGGGGAUGAAAACACUGAGGACAUAGUCGUGGACUUCAUUACGCUGGCCCUCACCUGUCCCUUAUCGAGGACUAGAAUUAAGGUGCCGUGCCGCGGCCCCAGAUGUUCCCACGUCCAGGCUUUCGACGCGAUGGCCUACCUCGAAAUGAACGAAAGCACCCUCCGGCCGUUGUGGCGCUGUCCAGUGUGCGAUCAAAGUAUCAAGGUAGAAGAGCUUAGGAUCGACCUGUUUGCACUCGACCAUCCGGGUCGCAUUGACUCUUCCUGCGGCGCCGUAAAACUUUUCCCGGGUGGCAGGUGGACGCCUGUAGUAAAACCUGUCGACGUUAUCCUAAUCGGCGAUAGCCCUAUGAAACCACCUGACGUCGACCGAAAUCUUGACCUUUCGGUAAUUGACCUGACAUCGGACACUUCUUCGAAUGAAGAUGACUAAGUGGUAUGGCAGAUCCAUCGUUCGU